GCCGGAAAAUAUUAGCUUCGUCGGACCUGUUUCCAUUGAGUGCGAUUCAGUGCUUGAGACCGGUUCAAAUCGAUUGAAGCAAAAUUACGGCGCUACGUUGGCGUGCGGAUGCAAAUACACGGAAUCGUCACAUUAACGAACGAACGAACGGUACGAUAGUGUGUCUGAAAAAUUAUCAAAAAAUAAAUAUAUGUACAUAUAUACACGUACGAACGUCAAAUUGGCAACUGUAGAGAAUUUUGCUUAAAUAAAAAAACGAAUUGAAAAUGCAAACAAAGUGUUGUGAAGGCCAAUUCUGUGUGUAAGUGCGUGUGAUAAAGUGAAAAAAAAUAUUGAAAAAAUAUUAAAAUUUUAAACAAAUUUAAUUAAAACCGUCUAUGUAAAUAAGUAGCAAAAGUACAAAGUUUAAUCGAAAAUAAAUAAAAUAAAGUGUUAAAAAAUACAAAAAUAUCAAAAAAAAAGACAAGUUUGUGUUGAAAAAAUUAGACGGAAUGUAUUUGAAUAAGCAAAUAAAAACAGUGAAAUUUAAUUGCUGCUGAUUGGAAAUCCAUUAAGUCAUAAGUAAAUGCUUUGUCCAACAACAACAACAACCAACCCAACCUAAAACGUACGUGCAACAUAUGCCACAUAUCUACGCGCUUGUUUGUUUGUCUGUGCAACAACUAACACUCACGUAUUAGCGAAUUUGCAUAGCAAAUAAAAUUAUUUUGUCGCUGCAACAUUUCUACAACAAGUAAACAACAUACGCCUGUGUUGUUGUUGUAUGUAAACAUUUGUGAUUUGUGUCUGUGUGUGUGUUGCAAGCGUAACUGAAAGUGUCAUCUUCAGCGUAUUUCGCGUCGCGUCUGUGUGUGCUUAAGCACAACAAUUUGCGUAGAAAAGAAAUUUAUUUGCUUUUACCUGCCUCUUAAACGUGCAACAUACAUACAUACAUACUGGCUGUUUGCCGUACAAAUCAGAAUUGAAUUGGAUUAUUUACGUGCCACCUAUUACUAAUUGGAUUUGAAGCAUUUUAAAUGCUAUUGCUGCUUAAAGUGAAGUGAUUGCUCGCAUUGUUGUUGCUGUGUCAUCAAGUGUUGCAGUUAACCACUACAACAACAACAACAAAUAACAAAAACCUAUUGGAUUCAUUUGUUGGCGCACAGUGUGUGCUCGACUUUAGUUACUGCAAUUGACUUCAAUCACAUGUGACAACAGCAGACGAUAAGCGCACAAAAAAGGAUAAUAAUCACAGCGAACGAACACAGAGAGUUGGAAAAUUGAAAAAAAGGAAAAUCACAAAAAACAUAAAAAGCAAACGAAAUGUGUCGGCACAUCAGAUUGUGUUGAAAAUUCCUGCACACAAAGUGAUAAUCGUAUAAAAUAUUGCAUAGAGAAAACUACAAAGUAUACACUCGUGCCACUAAAAAUAGCACAGCAGUGCAAGGAGACCUAAAACAAGACUCUCGAAUGUGUUGGGAAACGGUUUCAAUCUCACUAAAGUACACAUUUUAAGUUGAGCACAAGCGCUGGCACAUACACAGCGCCACUGAAUGCCGACUAAUCCGCUGCCAAGCAAUAAAGAAACUAGAAAGCAAAACAAAAGUUACUACAACAAGCUUAGAAAAAAGUUUAGAGUCUAUAGUAGCAAAAGGCUACAACAAACAAAUAGCAAAAUACGCAACAAAAAAACUAGAAACGUGCAAACAAAAGUAAAUAAAAUGCCUGCCAUAACAAGUGAAGCGACACCCGACAAGCGACCCGCGCCCACCCGCUGCCUACGGCCACUCAGAGCGACCGUGCUUGCCGCAGCGACAGCAGCCGCCUCGAUGCUCACAUCCGCCGCCACAGCGGCAGCGGCAGCAGCAGCAGCUGCGACAGCAUCGUACACAACAACAACCGGCUUCGUCAACUACAACAACCACAAUAGCAUAUCAACACGGGAGCCGGAUACUUUGGAGCGACGACUGCAACCAGAUGUCGAUACGGACACCGGAGGUGGAAGUAGAGUAGGCGUAAAUGUUGAUCUAACCAACGCCGCCGCCGCGCUGCCCAACCGCCUCGCCAAUAAGCUGCUAACCAAUUUUCUGCCUGCCAUCAAUGCCGUCACAAACGCCACCACCACCACCACCGCCAGCAGCAGCCCAACCAUCAGUAGCAGCAGCAGUAGUAGUGUUGGUGGUGCUGCUGUCACAUAUCCAACCUUCCGGCCGCCGAGCAUAGAGAAUCUUGUCGCAAGUUCAGCUGAGGAUUUGAGCAAUUUUCGUGAUGUGUCCUUCGAUAUAUUCGACGACGAUGACGAUUUGUUUGGCUCGCCAUUGGCAUUUGAUGCUUCCGAUAAUGGUUUGUGGAAUGGCCGUUUCGUGCCGCCACCACCCCGUCCGCCCUUCCUAGUCGAUGAGCCGGUGCUGAGUGAUGGACUGACAACGUGUGAUUUGUGCUCGUGGGCUAUGCCAACGAAGAGUACAUUCAUGUUCGAGGGCACAAUAGAAAAAGCUUCCGAAUUGGGUUGGCCCUUGACGCUGAUUAUCGUUUCAGUGCUGUCAGCAUUGCUGGGAGCGAUCGUCAUGGUGACGGUUGUACGCUGCCGAAGGAAAAAGCCAACGAACAACCGUAACGAGACGCACGUGCAAUGGUGGUCACGCAACAAGCGCACCAAUGGCAGCAACAACAACAAUCACUUGCGUCGUAGCAAUAUUUACACAGCGCAUCCUGCGGAUAGCGUGCGUGGCUUGCAGCAGCCCUCGCUAUCGGCCGCCUCAUCGCUGACCACAAUGACCGCAAUGGGCGCAUCAGCGGGACCCCUGCAUUCGAACGCGGUCACACCGAACGCCACGCAGCCGCCACAGCAACUACAACAACAGCAGCAAUACUACCACCAUCCAUAUCAACAGCAUCAAGCGUCGCUACACCGCAGCAUCAGCGGUCACCAGCGCGCGCCCGAUUAUGAAUACGAACACGAAUAUCAUCAACCGCAGGAAUUGCAAUUGCAGCUGCAGCACCAACGCCAACACAGCUCGUCGCUGUCAUCGCUGUCCGACACGCCAACACUGCCGGUGGCGGUGGCGAACAACAAUAAAUCGCGCACGCUGCAACUGCAACAUCAGCCGUUGCAGCACCACCACCAUCAGCAGCAACAGCAGCAGUCACAGCAGCAACAGCAAGCGGCCUACAAUGUGUCCGAUGGUGUGACAGUUGGCUUUGGCGCGGGUGUGGUCGGUGUUGGCAUGAGCCGUCGCGGCGCUGGUGAAAUGUGCGAGGAGUCGUCGUCCUGCCGUUGGCCGAAUGCAACAAUUGUGGUGGCCAGCUGAGUGCAAGCUGCGUACAAAAGUCGUAUGCCCGCGACAUUGAGCGGCGCAAUGACGCUGCUACCGGUGCAUCCAUACCGCGACCAUUAUCAGCGCCAACAACAGCAGCAACAGCAGCUGCAGCGGCAACAGCGCGAAGUGGAGGCCACCGAAUUUGUUUGGACCAAGUCAUGCAGCUCGGAGCAAUUGAAGAAUGAUUGGAUAUGGCAUUGAGUGCACCAGCGGUGUUAGGCAUGUGAAAAUGCUGUGCGUUAUCUUGAGUCAAAGCGUGCGUGAAGUGUGGGAUUAGGUGCGUGUAAAUAUUUAACAAAAUUGUGAGGAUCUUGAUAUUCUGUAGAGGGUAGAUAUUUUGACAAUAUGUAGAUCGUAUGAGUGUGUAGAUUUGGCUUGAAAAAAUUAUCAGUCGAAGGUACUUACCGCACUCCGUAGAAAUUAUGAUCCAUUCAAGGAAGGUUCGAUCUCAAAGAAAAUAUUUUUUCAACUUUCUCUGACUGAUGUAGCUUCAUUGAAACAAGUGAAAGUCUCGAGCUCGUUUCAGUGACGUCUUGUUGAGCGAAUCAUAUCUGAGACUUUCGGAGUUAAAUGUAGUUGUCAAAAAAUGCUACUGUGGACCCCUGCAGUUUCGCAGCGCCACAUGUAAAAUUUGCAGCUGGCUCCUUAAACACUUGAAACUGCAAGCGCACAUGUUUUCACAUAUUAACGAAGUCAUUAACAGUUAUUUACAUAUAACACAUUUCACACGAUUUAAGCAUGACGCCAGCUCAAGUGGUCGAGUCAAAUAAGAUGUUCUAUUUAUUGAUUGGGCACCACAACUGAUAGAGAUCUCUAGACUGCAGUCAAUUAUUUAUGAAUUCCUAGAGGAAAGGCGACACCGGGUUUCUAAUGACAACUAUUUACAACUCAAUGAUGACACUAUUUUUUCUGUACUUUUGGGAAACCUUUUCAUAGCGCAAAUUGUUCCUAGAACCUACUCGCUGUAAAUCAACGCUUAUAAAUAUUUAUUGGUUUGUUAGCCAACAUGCGCUGAGCUGAGUACUUACGGAGAAUUGAAACGGAUACUUUCAACAAUGCGACGUGCUUAUACGGCCAAGGCAUAUAAAGUUGCUCAAUUCGGUUUUUUUUUUUGUUGUUAUUGGCCUUUUUUGUAUGCCUGCAGUGCACAACAAUCCACUUUAAAUUGCACCCAUAAGAACCGUCAAAUCUCUAACAAUCCCUUCUGUUUUUUUCGCUUAUUUUUUUUGCUUUUUGCCUUUGCUCGCCAUAUCAUACAAAUUAUCAGCAAUCAAAAAUUCUAAGCACACGUUCACAGUCGCAAUUUAACGAUGGUAUCAUGGCAAGACAUAAUCCUUAAAAAUACUCCACUGGAGUCACACACACAUACUACAACAACAACAAUAAUAGAAUACUGAUUGUGUGUGUCGCAUGCGCAUGUGUUGUGUGACUGCCAAUAGUCCUGCCGACUGCAAAGCAGUAACCACUGACCGUCUGGCGACACACGCUGAUUUUCUGGCGCACACGCACGCACACACACACACGUGUUGGGCUUCCGGUGCGAGUGCAGCAUUCGAACAGCAACUUAAAAAAGUAACAAUUCCCGCCAAGUGUUGAAGAAAUAAAGAAUGAGUGCUUUCGCUGAAAAAAUAAAAAAAAAAAAUAAAAAAAAAAAAAAGUGGAAAAAAUAAAUGUUGCAGCAGCAUUUCGCUGGCGGCGCAACUGUUUACAUGCGUCUCUGUGUGUGUGUGUGUUUACGUUUGUUGUCUACCAGCAAUGGCAUCAGCAUGUCAGUCACGUUUCGUCCUUUUGAGCGCAGACACACACACGUUUAUGCACUUGUUAAGUCGCCUAAGAACCCCGCAGUGAAAUUAAACGAUUCCUUACUGCCGCAUUUCUCUUGAAAGAAAAAACAGAAGAAUUCUUUAUAAAAAAAUAAUCUCCUGCUCGUGGCGCUUGGCAUUUUCAAGCGUUUUCAAAGGUUAUGUGUUGGUUUUUAUGUCAAUUGCACUCAUUUCCGUUAAUUCGCAACUAGUUCGCUGGAAAAAAGACUGGCUCACUGCACUUCCUUCUUCAUUAGUCGCUUCAUUCUGCUGUCAUAUUUCAUAUCCUCUCCGAAACGAGAUAAGAUAACUCAAUUGGCUUGUGCUCGUUGAAAGGGAUUGCUUUGUGAAAACACUGUGAUGUACUCAGUUUAAUGCUUGGGUUAUUACAACAAACAACAAAAGAAUUUAAAGUUUUUAUGUGAACUCGAUUUCUUUAUACAAUCUCUUAUUGUAUCUUAUUUGGCUUAAAACAGUCGGACUAGCAUGGAAUCUUACUAGUAACUGUGUUUAUAAGAUUCAUAUCUGAGAGCUUCUUUGAGUUGGUGAAAGCUUCGAGCGAAAGCUGUAUACGAUAAGCGUCAGCUUCUCCCAUUUUGGCGUUUCUAGCAACUUUCGAAGACUUAGAAAAAUCCAAUUUUGGGGCCUAGAACUUGCGGAGUGCGAUAUUUUGCAAUUUCUUCGCUUUCCACAAAGUCACACAUACACUCACACACAAACACAUUUCUAUAUCAACUCAUAAAUUAUACAUAUUUGAGCAGAAACCUGCUGAGUGAGUGAAAAUCUUAAUCAACAGAUAAGAAAUAAGUGGCAGAAAAAAUUAUAGCAACUCAUGCAGUUAAAAAGGACUAUAAAAUUAUUGCAUGAGUGCGUGAAAAAAUCAUAUCAUGGCAACAAAAAAAAAAAUAAAGCACGCAGAUUUUUAUGACAAAAACAAAAUAAAUAAAUGCUAAAAAAUAGAAGAGAUAAUAAAAAUAGGCAAGUGGUUGUAAAUAAAGAGAGUAAUAAGAAAUUUAAGCCAAAAAUUAUAAAAAAAAUUCAGAAAUCAAAUGUUGCCACAAUUUCAUAUAUAUAAAAAAAUUAAUUGAAAUUUGAAAAAACUCUAAAAAAUUACACCAAAAGGUUGUUAAAUGAAAUAUUCAAAAUUGUUUUUCAAAAAACUAAAUUUUUUAUGCUAAAUUGAUUAGAGUGACGAAAGGGAGUGGUAGAAUGAAUAAAUAAGUAAAUGCGCGCAAACGAAAAUAUUGUUGUUGGUAAACAAAACAUUAAUAUUUUAUAAAAAAUUAUAUAAAAAAAAUUAUGUUUUUAACAACCGUUAGGAUUAUUGUGGGUAAAUAAAUAUGCAAAGCGUAAUUUGUAAACAAAAAAUUUCUUUGAAAAAAAAAAAUUCAAAUUAAAAAAAUGUUUUUAAUGAAAGUGAAUUUUAUUGUGCGUAAAAAUAUUUGAUAAAUUAACACAAUUUUUUUCGAAUACUCUAAAGUUGUAUAAAAUACCGCACGCAAGUUUUAAGUACUUUUUCAAAGCGUGUUUACUAUUUUUUUAGACUCUUUGCCCGCACUUUUUCGCGCCACUUCAGCAGUGCGGCGCACUACUACUAAUAACUGUAUACUAGCUAGUUACUUAAGUGUUGUGUAAAAACUAUUUUUUCAUGCUAACAAUUGUUUGUAAAUAUUUUUUUUUACCUCUAACUAACUAUGAGUGACUUGUAUUUUGUUGUAAAUAAAUUAAAAAAAAACUGUAUCAUAAAAUAGCUGUAAGUACAUAACGGUAAAGAAACUUCCAAAAUAAUAUCAUAGCAUGCAUAGCGCGUUGCAAACAUUAUAAAAUAAAUAUAUUUAUAUAAGUAAGUAAGUAACUGUAGGGAACAAAUUAAUGCUAUUAAAGACUUAGUGAACUGCUUUGCUCGAGCGCAGCAACAGCAGCAAUGUCCAAAAUCAACAACACUUCAACUAACUAAUGUAGCAUGUAUUUGAAUAAAUAAAUUCUAAUGUUAAGUGUGUUUGUAAUAGCUGCUAAGAUCAACUAUUGUAACUAAAUAAUGAUUAAGUAUUUCAUCAGAGUGAUAUUUAUUAUGUUAAGCCGGUCAUGACUGCCUUCCACAACCGAAACAAACAAAGGUCAUGGCAGAGAGAAGUGUAUU